CUCCGAACUGUGGCCCGGCCCGGGAGUCUGUUCGCGGCGCGGGGGGCCGCGGAAUGGGGCGGGUGCAGCUUUUCGAGAUCAGCCUGUGCCAAGGGCGCGUCGUCUACUGCCCAGGGGAGCCGCUGGCCGGGGCCGUGCGCGUGCGCCUGGCGGCUCCGCUGCCCUUCCGAGCCAUCCGGGUGACCUGCACAGGAUCCUGUGGUGUCUCUAACAAGGCCAACGAUGUGGCAUGGGUGGUGGAGGAGAGCUACUUCAACAGCACCUUGUCGCUGGCUGACAAGGGGAGUCUACCCACAGGAGAGCACAGCUUUCCCUUCCAGUUCCUGCUUCCAGCCACAGCACCCACAUCCUUUGAGGGUCCGUUUGGGAGGAUUGUGCACCAGGUGAGGGCCACGAUCGACACACCGAGGUUUUCCAAGGAUCACAAGUGCAGCCUGGUGUUCUACAUCUUGAGCCCCCUGAACCUGAACAGCAUCCCAGACAUUGAGCAACCCAACGUGGCCUCCACCACUAAGAAGUUCUCCUACAAGCUGGUGAAGACGGGCAGUGUGGUCCUCACAGCCAGCACUGAUCUCCGUGGCUAUGUGGUGGGGCAGGUACUGCGGCUACAGGCUGACAUCGAGAACCAGUCUGGCAAGGACACAAGCCCCGUGGUGGCCAGUCUGCUGCAGAAAGUAUCUUACAAGGCCAAGCGCUGGAUCUAUGAUGUGCGGACCAUCGCAGAGGUGGAGGGUGCUGCUGUCAAGGCCUGGCGGCGUGCUCAGUGGCAAGAGCAGAUUCUGGUGCCUGCCUUGCCCCAGUCAGCCCUGCCAGGCUGCAGCCUCAUCCACAUUGACUACUACCUGCAGGUCUCCAUGAAGGUUCCCGAAGCCACUGUGACCCUCCCAGUCUUUGUUGGCAAUAUUGCUGUGAACCGAGCCCCACUAAGCCCCCAGCCAGGCCCAGGGCCUCUUCCGGGAACCUCGUCACCAGUGGUGCCCUCUGCACCGCCCCAGGAGGAGGCUGAGCCUGUGGCUGGUGGCCCGCCCUUCUCUGGCCUGGUCUCCCUCUGCACCAAGAGCCACUCACAGCAGCAGCUGCUGCCUGCUGGCUUGGGUUCUGCACCUGGCGCCCUGGAGCCCUGUGCUCAGGAUGGGAGCCCCACCCCCAACUCUCUGCACCCCCCCUUGUGCGUCUCUAUAGGUGCUACUGUCCCCUACUUUGCAGAGGGUUCAGGGGGCCCUCUGCCCACCACCAGCACCUUGAUCCUCCCCCCGGAGUAUAGCUCGUGGGGCUGCCCUUAUGAGGCUCCGCCGUCCUAUGAGCAGAGCUGCGGCAGUGCCGAUGCCGGCCUGACCCCUGGGAGCUGACCCUCCAGAGCUGACCCAUGCUGCCUUCUCCAGUGGGCCAGGCCUCUACCCUGGGACGAGACACCCGGGGCCUUGUGCCUUUGCUCUCUGCCUGGCCCAGCCACUCAGGACCUGAGCCUGCCCAGGACCAGCCUCUCCUGGCUCCCGGGAGUCAAGCCUCUUCUCUCCUGGGUUGGGGCAGGGCGGAAAGGGCUUGGAAACUGGAGGGACUGUAAAUAAAGCGCUUUAUUUGUGGAGCUGGGCAGAGGCCCACAUGGGCGUUCCCCAUCCUCAGACACUUUCCAUCCUCCUGGGUGGAGCCCUGGCCCUGCCCGCGCCUUUCUUCCUUUCCCUGGUCCCACCCAGGCCCCUCCCAUCCCUUCCCCCUUCCUGGUCUCCAGCCUUGCCUCUCUGGCACUGACAGUCUUGGAUGCGCUCUCUGUCCUGUCUGUUUCGAGGCGCAUGCUGGCUUGCUGGUCACCACUCGUCAUGCCACACCCGAGGAAACUGUGGGGAGAGGGCUUGCCAGGUCUCUGUCCCCCGUAGAAUCCUACCCUUGGGCCUCAGGUUGCUGUCCUGCUGGCAUGGCUCGUUUGUCAAAGGUUGUGAGCAGCACGUGCGGUUUGGUGGGGGCACCCUGCGCCUGCCUGCAUCCUGCGGGUGGGAGGGAUGGAACGCACUGGACGCAGCUAAGGCAGACUGAGCCCAAGCCAGGAUCGGGUGCAGGGUGAUUGUGUUUGGUGUGUUCACUCCAAUACCUUGGCUGUGUAACAGGCACACAGGCUCUCAGGGGACAGUCUAGUGCUCUCCUCCACCAGAUCUUGACAAGUAGAGGAGAACGGAUAGGAGUCGGCCACACAGCUGUCAUUCUCAAGUUGUGGCUUCCAUCUUCUGGUUGGCAAUGUCUCACCAGGCAGACACACGUGACACAUGGGACAAAUGGAAGAUGAGUAUUGGAGAAAAGCACAAAGUAGGCUGGAGGUGGGACAGCCCACCUCCUGGAGGUUGGGAUCUCACCUCUGGCCAGCUAUAUAACCUUGCUGGUGGUCAGCUCCCUUGCUUUAGCUUACUUAUCAAAUGUGGAUAGGGGCUGGGGAUGUAGCUCAGCGGCACAGUGCCUUCCUGGCAAGCGUGAGGUCCUGAGUUCAAGCCCUAGUACCAAAAAAAUAAAAAAUAAAAGAAUUUAAAAUGUAGAUAUGCACAGGGACUGUCUCUCAGGGUGUGAAAUACAUAGCAUAUGCAGCCGCAGGGUAGGUGGUCAGUGACUAUUAUAGGAUAGGCAACUCUGGCUGAUGGGAAAAUGGGAAUGUAAGGGCUUCCCAUAGGCUACUUCUGACAUGCUCAUUCAUAGUCAUAUUUGCCUGGUAAAGGGUUUUCCCCACAUUUUAACUUCACAUACUCCUUUAACAAAUAUUUAGUUUGUUUCCUGUAUGCAAUGUAUUGUUCCAGGUACUAGCCACACAAAACAGUGGAAAGACAAGUACGUCAAGUAUGUGCCAAGUAAGGGUGUAGGAGAGUCAGGGUUAGAGCCAAGUAAAGCAAGUGUGAGGUGCUUUUCUUAGUUACUUUUCUCAUUGCUGGGACAAAAUACCUGAUACCCUCAAGUUAAAGGAGGAAAUGUUUAGCUUACAGUUUGUAGAGGUUUCUGUCCAUAGUCAGUUGGCACUAAGGCAGGGUGGCAUCACAGAGGAGAAAUAGUUCAUGGCAUGGGAGGCAGGAAGCAGUGAGCCCUUUCUCUUUUACUCCAUCCAGUGUACAAGCCUAUCAAUACCACCCAUGCCCAGGGUGGGUCUUCCCAUUAUCCACACCCAGAACUAUGCUAAACCAAUAGUGGACUAAUCCAAUUAAUCACACCCUAGAUCCAGCCAUCUCUGAAAAGCCCCUCCUAUGAGCCCAUGAGGCUUUAGCAGCGACAUCUAUCUACAAACCAUAACAGUGUCAUUUUUAACCAAGAGGGAAAGCUUUUCUGAAAUAUUUUAAGAGGCAAGGAUGAUAAGGAAGCCAGCUAUGUAGACACCUGAGAGAAAGGAUUCUGGGAAGGGAUAGAUGAAGCAGAGAUGGCCAGGUGUGGUGUGCACACCUAUAUUCCUGGUACUCAGGCUGAGGCAAGAGGGUCACCAGCUUCGAGCCCAGUCUGGGCUACAUAGCAAGACCUUGUCUCAAAGAAAGAAAGAAAAAGAAAAAAGCAGAAAUGGAAAGGUGGGUGGGGAUGGACUCCUGUGCCUGUCAUCAGUUGUCUUAGGAAACUUGGGAUGAGACUUAGGGCUGCGUAUUUUAUUCUCUGGAUCUGUGUGUACCAACAAUGCCAGAGUUAGUGGAGUCAUUUUUCCAGUUUGUCUCCCCUCAAGACUGAGCCCAGACUGGCUUUCAAGAUUCAAGACUUCCUGAGUUUUGUUUUGGUAUUUUUUUGGUACCGGGGAUUGAACUUGGGACCUUGUGCUUGGGAGGCAGGUGGUGGAACCACUGAGCUAAAUCCCCGGCCUGUAAGGCUUCCUUAGUUCUUGUCAAUGAGAACCUCAGUUUCACUUUGUUUUUCCUCAAGUCCCAAGUUUCGAAGAGACAGAUGUGGUAGGGAGCAGGUAGCCUGAGACAGUUUAUGUGGUGUCAGAUAUGCUGUCCAGUGAAGGAUGUUUGGGCUGCAGUAAAGGCCUUGACCUGUGUGCACAGCAAGCCUGUGCCUGGCAGGGAGCUUGGAAAAACCAAGAAGAGCACAUCUACCUAGAGGACCCCCCAGUCAAUACCCCUUCCUCCUUCUGGGCAACCUUUCUCUUUCUCUGGGAUACUGCCCCUGGCAGAGCACCCAUUCCUAACAAGAGGCCACCCUGCCCCAUCUGGGGUACUCCUCCCUGUUCGAACACCCUCCAUUCAGGACACCAUCCCGAGCUGGAUCACCUCCCAGCAGAAGAUCCACUCCACCUUGCACCCUCUCGUGUAGGAGUACCUUCCCUGACUAGAACACUCCUUAAAUUGGGACAUGCCCCUAACUGGGAUCCCUUCUCCCAGCUGGGGCAUUCCUCCUAACCAGGGAACCAUCCCUCCAUCCUGGGACUCUCCUCCAACUACACUAUAAGUGAAACCCCCAAUCAGGACAUCACCAUAGGACAUGAUUCAGGGUGUGUGCCUUCUGUGAAAGCAAAAGAAGUCAAAAUGAGCAUGGCUCAGAGGUUAGGAGUGGGAGCCUUGGUCUCCAUCCUGACCAAAUGACCAGAAUGUCAAUUAAGAAUUCUCAGCUACUGCAGGCACUGUCAUCUCCAGGGCAUAUGUCCUAAGCCCCCCAGGGGAUGCCUGAAACCACACACAGUACCAAACUCUGUACAUAUUAUGUGUUUUGUUAUAAUAAAGUUUAAAUUAGGCACAAGAAUAGAGUAACAAAAUCUAAUAACCAUUAUAACACUACACUAUAAUAAAAACAUGAAUGUGGUCUCUCAAA